CCGCUCAGGCUCAGUUCGGACCUGUCACCACACCCCUGCCUAUAUGUUGUAUAUAUGUUGUCUAGUGAGUGUCUACGUUAUAAUCAAAACCAUUGUUGUAUAGUGUUGUUUAAAAAAAUAUUUUAUUCGAAUUUACUGUCCGCUAUCCGCAAUAAAUACCCAAUUUUUCAUUAGAAUAUCGUUCAGGUGUGGUUUUUUGUUUCGAUUUUUCGUACAUACACAAAAUACGAACGAAUUCAAUUUAAUAAUUUCGUGUUCCAAAAACGUUUUCGUAGCAAAUACAUGGAAGACGGCUAUUUUUGUGUGUCACACACCUUAAAACUUGGCAAAUGCACUACAUUUUGGAUUCUAUGUCAAAAAAUUUUUGUUUUCAUUUUUUUAUGUUUAUGCUAUAUUUCGACAACAAUCUAUAAUAAAUCCCAUCUUUCAUCUGCGCCAUCUAGCCAAAGAAGAAAAAUGUCAAAAUUUACAUUGAAUAUUGCGGUACUUUAGUUUGGCAAUUGCCUAAAAGACCAAAUUGUUAAUCUCGUGUGGAAUUAAUACGAACAAUUUCUGCAUUUAUUACAGUGUCAUAUAAACCCGUGUGUCGCGCAUACAUACAGUGACUUUUCCGGACAAUCGACUAGAUAAAAACGUGAAUUGAUUUAUAUAAAACGGAAUUUUUAUUAACAAAAAUACAAAACUCAAAAACAAUUUUUACAUGAAAGAAGAAGAAAAAAAUCAGACCAGAAACAUUUUUCGUGCAUUUAUAAAAAUAAGAGAAAAUUAUAAAAUUUAUCUCUUUUGGAAUUCUCUCGUGUUGUGAGCAACGAUAUAAAGUGCUAUAGUGAACGUAUCGAUUCUAUAAAAAAUGUAUAAUUCUUGAGGCAUAUAGAAAUCUGCUAGUGUUUUAUCUGUUUUAUCUCAAGUUUGUUACAAAAUUUCAUUCAAUUUUUGAUCUGGAUUUCGUAUAUCCGAAUUAUCUCACGCAAUAAAUAUGAUAAAAUGUAAUUUUAGCAAUGUAAAAUUUUAAGUGUUGAAAUUUCUAUUGAAAAUAAUUCAUCAUCAAAAAAGAAACUUAUCUGUGCACUGUGUGGCUGUAUGCAUAAAUUAAAAACGAAUGUAGCAAAAUGAAGUGUAGCGAGUUCGUUUGAAAUACAACCACUACAUACAACCAAAAAAAAGGGUUAAAGUCAGCAGUCACACAUCUUAUCAUCACAUCAAUAAAAAAAAUAGCCCCGCAGUUUCGGAACAAGUCGACCGAUCACACUCAGAUUUUCAGCCAACCAACAAAAAAAUAUAAUCGGAAAACCAGAAAUCCAUUUUUGGGUGGACAUUUCACUUUGAAUUACAUAAUUUUCGGUGUGUGAAUUUAUAUUUUGGAAAGGAACAACCGAUAUAAAUAAAAGGCCGUCAUCCUGGAACUAAUGGAAUUAGAAAACAUUGUGGCCAAUACGGUCUACCUUAAAGCGAGAGAAGGGGGAUCAGAUAGCAACAAAGGGAAAAGCAAAAAAUGGCGAAAGAUUUUGCAGUUUCCACACAUAUCACAGUGCUUGCAUUUAAAAGACAAAAUAGAUGUUACCUAUGGUUACGUUAUAGAUCAGCAGCCGAUAGGUCGAAUAUUAUUUAGAUUAUUUUGCGAAAAUAAGAAGCCAAUUUAUCACAGAUACAUUGCGUUUUUGGAUAAUGUAACUAGAUAUGAAAUUGAGUAUGAUGAGAACCGUUUGAAAAUUGGACGAGACAUUGGUAAACGAUUUCUAGGCAUCGAUUUUUUCGAUGAAGAUAGUGAAAAUGGUGAACCGGAAGUUAUGGACAAUUCAACCGACACAACUGCCAAUAAUGAAAAUACAAUCAGUAAAUGUAAUUUAAGUGGUGAAAAAGACGAACUCGUUUUGGAUGUUUUGAAUGAUGAUCUGAUAUCGAAGGUUCGAGAGAAAAUUACACAUGGAUGUAAAGAACUCUUUGAACCGUGCACGACAGCGGUUAAGUCUUUUUUAGCUGGUGAACCAUUUAGUGAAUUUGAGGUGUCUAUGUACUUUCACAGGUAUUUACAAUGGAAGUGGCUCGAAGGACAACAAAUUACAUACAAAACAUUUCGAAUGUAUAGGGUGCUGGGCAAAGGCGGUUUCGGCGAAGUGUGUGCAUGCCAGGUACGAGCGACCGGUAAAAUGUAUGCUUGCAAAAAGCUGGAAAAGAAGCGCAUCAAAAAGCGAAAAGGAGAAUCCAUGGUCUUGAUUGAGAAACUAAUUUUGCAGAAAAUAAAUUCACGAUUUGUUGUGAACUUAGCCUAUGCAUACGAAACAAAGGAUGCAUUGUGUCUAGUUCUGACUAUAAUGAACGGUGGAGAUCUGAAAUUUCAUAUUUAUAAUAUGGGUGGUGAGCCCGGAUUCGAGUUGGCCCGAGCACGAUUCUAUGCUGCUGAAGUUGUGUGCGGUCUAGAGCAUUUACAUCAACAGGGUAUCGUGUAUCGGGAUUGUAAGCCAGAAAAUUUGCUGCUUGACGAUCACGGGCAUGUGAGAAUAUCAGAUCUGGGACUUGCAGUCGAAAUUCCCGAUGGUGAAAUGGUGCGUGGUCGCGUGGGCACUGUCGGUUACAUGGCUCCGGAAGUGAUCGACAACGAGAAAUAUUCAUUUUCGCCGGAUUGGUUCAGUUUUGGCUGUUUAAUUUACGAAAUGAUCGAAGGGCAAGCGCCAUUUCGGUUACGAAAAGAGAAAGUCAAGCGUGAAGAAGUGGAUCGUCGUGUUAAGGAGGAGCUCGAAAAAUAUUCCCAUAAAUUCAGUGACGAAGCUAAGUCAUUGUGCCAACAACUGUUAUCAAAGACUGUAAAAACUCGCCUAGGCUGUAGAAAUGGUCGAUUUGGAGCCAGAGAAGUGAAACUGCAUCAAUUUUUCAAUUGCAUUAAUUGGAAAAGACUCGAAGCUGGUAUGGUGGAUCCACCGUUUGUGCCAGAUCCACAUGCCGUUUACGCAAAAGAUGUGUUGGAUAUUGAACAAUUCUCAACGGUAAAAGGUGUGAAUUUAGACGCUUCGGAUGAAAAUUUUUACACAAAAUUCAAUACCGGUUCCGUAUCGAUAUCUUGGCAAAAUGAAAUGGUAGAAACGGAAUGCUUUCGCGAAUUAAAUGUCUUUGGAAUUGAUGAAUGUCCCACCCCUGAUUUACUAAUUACCGCACAACCAGUUGUGGAGAAGCCGGGCUGUUUUCCAUUCCGACGAAAGAAAAAGCAGUCAGCUAGAUCUCAACCGGUACCGAUUCCUGAUCAUCUUUUAACUAGUCAAUCCGUUUCUGUCACGGAGGUGGCAAGCUGAUAAUUUUCAAAGAAUUUAGUAAAUAAAAUUUUAAAAUCAGACGACGUCGAUCAAGAAAAAUGUGCUGAAUAUUUUGAUAAUUCCUUGCAUUCAGCAAAAGUAUUAAAGCAAUCGUUGAUUGAUUGCACCGAACAGUCGAAUAAACGAUUAAUUGCAAUAAAUUUUAAAUCUAAAUACAUUUCAGUACAAAAUGAAUUUAUUUAUUAUGAGACUAGCAUUUAAUAAACAAAAACAAUUUUUCAAUGUGAAACAUAAAUUUAAACCGAGAAAAAAGGACGAGAAAGGAAAAAAUGGAAGAAAAUUCUGAAGAAAUGUAGAAGUGGAGAAAAUGAGAGCAUAACGUAAGCAUUUUAUAUCAAUCAUAAAAUUAAAAGUAUAAUCAGUAAAAAAACAACCCAAAAGUCUUUAAACAAAAAAAAAACAUUAUUUACACUAUACACAAAGUAAAUGAA